ACGUGCUGUCACGUUUUGUUUGCGCGCGCGAACCCGUGUCCCGUCGGACGAUACGCUCGAAUAUCAACGGUGACAUUGCAUCAGUGCUCCGAUCACAUAAGAUCAGUGCGUACGGCGUCGAUUUUAAACACGUCGGCGAUCCCUCGACGAACCGAACCGGCUCACGCGCGGUUAAAUUCGGAAGAGUAACAACGCGGCAGAAGACACGGGAGCAGAGAGAGACUCUGGGCAACCGUGAGUUCGGUAUUAUACGCGAACCCGUGAUCGUCCGUUCUUCGUUCUUCUAUUUCUCGUUCUCUCCUUCGCUCUUCUCCUUCACUCUCUGUUCAUUUCACCGCUAUCUCUUUCUUCGAUUCCUUCUCCCUGUCGUUCCCCUUCCCUUCUUUUCUUCGUUCGUCUUUCGUACGCUCCCUCCGGUAAUAUUCUCUCUCCCUUGAACGGCUCGUUCUGUCUCCGUCUCCUUCGCUCCGCCGUCGUCUCGUGGGGUCAGUGGCUGCUCGAUCGGAUCCUGAGCAGGAAGACACACCGGAGGAGGAGGACGAUCUCCCUCGUCGCGAGACUCGGAGCCACACACGCGCGCCACGCACGCAGCCACGCACCUCGAAACGGAGCGGACGAAAAAAAAAAAAUACAAAAAUACGUUUCUUAUCCCUCACGAAAGGGUUUCCCUUGACCCGGUGGAAACUGCACCAGUGAGACCCGUAAACCCGUAAACCGUAACUCUUGCCCGGGACGUUCGAAAGAGCCGCGGGGAAAGGUGGAUUUUUCUCGCUGACGACGUGACAUCUACGGUCGGGGCCAGCCGCCGAAAAAUCGUCGACAGAUCGACGAAAACGCCUUUCGUCUCGACGUUGUACCCUCGACGCGUGUGUGUGCGCGUGUGUGUGUGAGCUCGCGCGCGCGUACGUGUGCGUGUGUGCGGUGAUCGACGUGUGAGACUCCCGUAUCACGUACGCUCUUCCAGUGCAGGAAACUCGUGCUCGUUAUCUGGCCACUUUUCUCGUGUCUCGUUUUUCUGUUCCUUUCCACUCCAUCUUUCUUCCUCUCGCUAGCGCUGUUCGCGUAUCUUCUCUGUCUCGGUUCCGCCACCUCUCUUGCCGCGUUUAACUCUUGCCGCUCCUCGCGACGACUAUUAUUUUUGUUCGCGCCGAUCGACAAAAAAAAAGAAAAAGAAAGGACCCACGCGAGUGAUUACGGGGGAAGGAGAGAAAACUUUCGUGGAAACGGGAUCGACGAUUUGAAGUCUGUGUUUUUGUUUACUUAGAAGGCGGACUGCCCACGCGACUCCGGAACGUCGAAGAGGAGGUGAAAAACAUCCCGUUCGAGGAAUACGCCGGUUGUUGACGUUUUUACACGAGAGGUUAGCCACAAGAAUUUAACAUAGACGAAUCCACAGCUAAUUUUUAAAGAAAUUUCACGACACAGAUCGUCAAAUCGUUCAGGAGCCAUGGCCUUCGAUUCUACGGAAAACAAAAUUCUAUGCUCUGUUUGAAAUCCCGAGCAACUGCCCGAGGGACAAGGUAGAAUUAGUUCCUCGAACUCUUUGCUCGUCUUUAAAAGUUCGUCGAGUGGUGAAUAAAGAACACGAAGAGGAACGUCGAGGACAGGGAUCGACGAGUAAGCGGAAAGCAAGGAUCUCUUCAACUACUGUCGCCCUGGAAUAAGAAUGGACAAUGAAGGAGCGCAGCGCGAGCUGGUAGUAGACGAGCGGUCGUCCUCUCGAUUGGUGCCACGACAAUCGUCGACAGGAUCCUGCAACGUUCGAUCAUUCACCCUGCAGGUGUUGCGCACGGCAGGCACGAGGUCGACAGGUGCAAUAAUCGGGGGUGACCCGGUUGCUGCCGCCGGGGCGGCGAUGCGACGAUGAGCUCGCCGAGGAUACUGCUAUCCCUCUACACCCGACCAGAGCCCCGAGUAGUAGCAAGGCCGGGUCGCCUCGCAAGCUGUCGCAAGGUCGAGUACAGAGGAGCGGAAGCCGGUUCAAGGCCGAAAUUAUUCGCCUGGCCAUGGACCUCGAGGUGAGGAACGGAACCGGCGGGAACGACGACGAGGAAUACACGAAUAUUUACUACAUCAAUGGCGAUCGCAGGGAGUCGGCCAUGUAUAAAACGGAUGAGGUCACGGAUAUGGAGCUUAAGGAACUCUUUAGAAAUGCUGCAGAGGCUGGCCCUCUGGACAUCGUGAAGCUUCGCAAGGGGGACAAGCUCUUGAACAUUUCAACUAAUUUGCCGGAGAAUACCCCGGACGCACCUUAUGUUCUUCAGAUCGUCGGAGCGCAUCCGGCCUCGUCGAGGGUGACCCAGGCGGAAGUGCUGUGGGCUCUCGAGAGACGCGUGACGGCCUUGGAACGGCAACUUCGGGAGCAGCAAGAAGCUCUGUACGCGUCACCAUCCUUCGCUCUUCGUGAACUCAAGCGGCAGGUCGAUAGUUUCAAGAACAAGUUGGAACAGAACGACCAGCUGAAUUGGCUGAGUUUCUACAAACAUCUUUCGGAGCCCAUCUUCGCGGAUUCUUGCUGCAAAUUGCAGUAUCGUCGGAUGAGCGACAGCAUGAAGCGGAAGGUGCGGGAAAAGUUCCUCAAUAUCUGCGAAGUAUCAGUGUCAUCGAGCGUUUUGGAGUGGCUGCGCUCACCAUCUUUCGACGCCCGACAGUGGGAGGACGAAGAGCUGUUGCUGCUGUUACAGACAAUGUUCAUCGAGCUCGACCUACCUCAAAAGUUUAACAUUCCUUUACCAACCCUGAGGAACUUCCUCUACGAAGUUUACAACAACUAUAACGAAGUGCCAUUUCAUAAUUUCAGGCACUGCUUCUGCGUGGCGCAAAUGAUGUACGCGAUAAUCUGGGCAGCGAAUCUUCCGUCGCGGAUCGGCGACCUCGAGGUUUUUAUACUGAUCGUCUCCUGCAUCUGCCACGAUCUAGAUCAUCCGGGAUAUAACAAUAUUUAUCAAAUAAACGCUCGUACCGAGUUGGCCCUGCGUUACAACGAUAUCUCGCCCCUGGAGAACCACCAUUGCUCCGUGGCGUUUCGCAUCCUGGAAGCGCCUGAAUGCAACAUACUGGUGUCUCUGGAUAACGCGACCUAUCGAAUAGUGCGCGAGGAGAUCAUCAGAUGCAUCCUCGCGACGGAUAUGGCCAGGCACAACGAGAUCCUCGGGAAAUUCACCGAUAUCAUCCCGGAGUUCGAUUAUUCCAACAAAUCCCAUAUCAAUUCAUUAUCAAUGAUCCUCAUCAAAGUGGCGGAUAUUAGUAACGAGGCCCGACCGAUGGAAGUCGCGGAACCGUGGCUGGAUAGGUUGCUUCAAGAAUUUUUUAAGCAGAGCGACAUGGAGAAGCUCGAGGGACUUCCUGUGACGCCAUUCAUGGAUCGCGAUAAAGUGACCAAACCGUCGUCCCAGGUCAGCUUCAUCGGUCUAGUUUUGAUUCCUCUUUUCGAGGCCCUCGGGGAGCUGCUUCCUGAGCUGCAAAGUCUGAUAGUCCAGCCAGUGAGGGAAGCGUUAGAGUACUAUCGUAGAUUGAACGAGGCUGCAAAAGACGAGCGCCACCAUAGAAAAAGCUUGGCGGACCUGGGGGAAUCGACGCCGUUGACGACGACGCCUGGCGGUAUCGGUUCGUCGACGGUGGUGAAGUCCACCUCGUCGCACAGCAUGCGCUCGAAACGUUCCGCCGGUACGAUCCACUCGAGAUCGCGGUCCACCGACGAGGAUAUCACGGAGAACUUGACGGCGGAGGACGCGGAGAACCUGGAGAGCUCCGACCCGGAGACAGCCACGGAGGUGGAGGUCAGCGAGAAGGCGUUGAAGUUCAAGAUCUCUACGGAGGGUUCGUUGGUCGGGCCGCCAUCAGGUAGGAAAAGCUACCCGGGUAGCCGGAAGGGUAGUCGAGAGAAGUCUUCUUUGGAUUAUCAUAAUCACGACCUGGCCAGGGCUGUCAGGGAGCACGAAAGAAGACGAAGCAAAGGAGAGAAUUUCGGGAGCGAUCUGAACUCGCCGGUCAGCGCUAGGUCGGCGGAGGGAACGAGGAUCCUGGAGGAGCUGGAGAAGGACGACACGGUACUCUCGGAGAAGAGGUUGGUCGAGGGUAACGGUAACCUGGUGGUCGAGACGCAGCAGAGGAACAACCUGAAGAGGACGGGUAGCUUGGCGGAGAACGAUCAGGAGGUCAGGUCUAGUCGUAAGGAGGUACAGAGGGAAUCUAUCGGUCUUCGUUGUUGCUGCGACGACAAAGGUGGAUCCAACAAUCACAAGUCCCUGUUCUCACGACUCCGGAACUUCACCGAUCGUCUGAACAUCAGCUUCGACUCGAAGGACUCCCCGUCGCCCAAGCUGACCAAGCACGUGACGAAGACGCUGAACAAGAGCAACUCGGUGAGCAACGCGUCGUCGCCGACCACAUCGUCCAGGCACAACAACGCGUCCCUGCCGGUCUGCAAGCGGUGCAACCUCGCGAAACCCGCGGCCAGAGAGGGCAAGGCCAUCGCGACGGUGGUGGAGCUGUCCUCGGUGGACAAGAGAGCCACCACGCUGCCCAAGGUGAGGAAAUCGGCCGACUGCAAGAACAAAAGCUGGCGGACGGUGUUCGCCAAGGAGAAGAGCUCGUCCACCUCGCUGGAGACCCUGCCGGGCGCGAUGUCGGAGGCCUCGUUGACGGAGCACCGACGGAACUUCUCGAACCCCGAGGGUAAAUCGCAGAGCCUGAAGGAGGUGGAGCAGAAGAACCUGGACAUCGAGUUCGGCGAGAUAAACGUGCCAGCGGGCAAACAGAAACAGCCGGAGAUCGUCGUGGAGACCCAGCACGUGUCCAGGGAGGACGUCCAGGAGGACGUUGGUAAGAUCGAGAUCAGAAGGAGCUCGGCGAGCAUGGAGGACAUCUCGAAGAUGACCAAGCAGACCGAGAGCGUGAUGCUCGGUUCGUUGGAGCCAAAGAAAGCCGAGGAACGGCCCCAUGCCGGCAGCCUCGACUCGAUGCUGUGCAAGGACUCGACCAAGUCCAGGAAGAAGCCGUUGUUCUCGUCGCCGGCCACCUCCAAGAAGUCGUCGCCCGGGCUGCUGUCGCGAUUCAAGUCCGGGAUGAGCGUCGACAGCACCAGGAGCAACAGCAACAGCGACUCGUUGCACGAUCAGAACUCCCAGUCGCCGAGCGGUUGGAUAUCCUCGCUGACGGCGAGCUUCCGGCCGAAGAGGCAGGUCCUGGAGGCUCAGGCUCCCCCGUCGUCCCAUCCCCCGCGUUCACCGAGUCGGGAGGAGAUCAAGUGAUACGGCCUGGUGGUCGAGGACUCUUCCGAGAAACAGUUGUCGGGCCUGCACAGGUGGCUGGCUGAGAAUUUCUUUUGUUGCAGCGGUUGAACGCGAACGUUUCGUUUCGUUAGCGGAGGGAGAGGGUCGAUGAUCGGAGGAGGCGGACGGAGCCAAAGAUCGUUGACGAGG